AUGAUCCACUGGACCGCCUUGCGAGAGCAAAUAUUCCACGCUUUCAAAGGCCUUGAGCAUGAUUGCAUUCCACAGAGCAGUCGGUCCGGUUACAUACCUCCCGCUGCCGAGGUGAAUGUCUGCGCCAUAACUUUCAACGAGGAGCUGAACCAUCUCAUGUUUAUUGUUCCCUGCCGCGGCGUAGAGAGGCUUCACCCCAGGAGGAUUGCGAUGCUUGUUGGGGUCGGCGCCGUAUUUCUCGAUUAUGAAACGGGCACACUCAAUAGAUCCACCUCCGACAGCUUUGUCCAGAAGAUGCUGAAUGUUGAGUUUCUGUCCUGCGGGAAGCUGGUCAAGGGACAUUGUCUCGUGCUCUGUGAUAUCAAAGCGAUUGAUGAACUCGAACUUGUCGAGGCGAUUCUGUACUAUAGCGUCAUAGGCACCAAAAACGAACGGUUUGUGGAGCUCUUCUGGCAGGUCGAAGGGGAGAAUGUCACCUUCCAGACUGUCAACAUUGCCGUGGACAGCUCCAAGCUCGAGCGCAUCCGCACCAGCAUAUUCGUCCUGUUGAUCUUUAGGCAGGUCGUCGUUGACAUUCGUUUUCGCGGUCGGAUCAGCACCCUGCUCGAGUAG